UAAAAGAGAGUUUAAAGGAGAAAUAUUUAAUUGUCAAUGUAAAAAAUUUGCCUUUUAAAUUUUGUGAAAAUGAGACGAUGUUGCUUUUGUAAUAUCAUAAGAACCCAUGAAUCUAGAGUAACAUUUCACAAGUUUCCUCUUAAAGAUCAACGUCUUUUAAAACAGUGGAUAAAUAAUUUUCCUACAAAAAAUUGGACACCAACUAACUCUGCCAUUUUAUGCUCUAAUCAUUUUACAGAAGAUUGCUUUGACCGUUCAGCAUUUAAAGUACGAUUAAAACCUAACAGCAUUCCAACGCGGUUUGAUAGUCCUCCUCAUUCCUAUUGUAUAUAUUGUAAACGAAAGCGUAUAUAUAAAUCAGGAUAUUCUUUUUUCAAGUUUCCAGUGGACAAAUCAGAUCUUUUAAAGAAGUGGCUUGAUAAUAUUAGAAUCAAGAAUUGGACUCCAAACAAUAGCAGUCUUUUAUGCUCGGAACAUUUUGAAGAAACUUGUUUUCGCAAGAUAGGAAAAUAUUUAAAACUAAAAGAGGGAAGUGUUCCAACAAUAUUUAAGGUUGAAUAUUUCAACAAUAUAAAGUCAGAAAUAAUUCCUCCUUAUGAAACAGAAUUUAAUCAGAAGAUUCAUUUUAAUGGUAAUGAUGAGUUUGAUCCUCUACAACAGGCUUCUUGCAAUGAAUUAAGAAAACAACACUCAGGAGAAGAAAAUGCAGGCAAGUUAUCAAUGUUCGAUAACACUGGAAUUAUAAGCUCAAUAAUCCAUGAUCAUCAUUAUGAUGCUUCUCCAGCAACACUGCGUAGAAAACUUAUAAAAAGUCAAAAAAUAUUAAAGAAUAAGGACCAUAUUAUUAAACUUCAGAGACGACAGCUUCAACAUCUUCGAAUACGUUUAAUGAACUUAAAAGAUAUAAUAAUGAAAUUACGACGUCAGCGCAUGAUAAAGCCAGUGCAUCAGAAAAUUAUUUGAGCUGCCUUAAUUCAAUUUGAGGGUGUAAAAGAAUUUGUAGUGUCUUAAAAAAUGGUAAGUCGUUGAGCAAUGCCCACAAAUUUUGUGUUAACUGAAUUUUUGUUUAUCUCGUGCAUAUAAUUGUGUGUGAAAAGGUAAAAAACAGGCUUUGUCUACAGCAAAUGCAUUAAGAUCGUGAUACAAUUUCAUAGAGAGUUGGAAUUCGUUUUGAAAAGUUUUAUAAUGUUAAAAAAACAACAAUGGAGAGAAUAGAGAAAUUACUCUCAUUUAUUAUGAAUGAAAUGUCAAUUAAAAAUAAAUCCAGAGGAGUAGAGAUGGUAAAGUAGAUUGUACGUAGAUUGUAAAUUUUG